AUGUGCGAACUACCAGAAGCCUACACCUCUGCCGCGAACGAUUUCCGUUCCGACACCUUCACCACGCCCACCCCGGAAAUGGUGCAAGCAGCGCUCCAGGCGUCCAUCGGAGACGCAGUCUACAACGAAGACGUGGACACGCUGAAGCUCGAGCAGCGCGUGGCACAGCUCGCCGGCAAAGAAGCCGGUUUAUUCUGUGUUUCCGGUACGCUCUCCAACCAGAUUGCGCUGCGUUGCCACUUGUUCCAGCCUCCAUACUCCAUUUUGUGUGACUACAGAGCCCACGUCUACACUCACGAGGCUGCCGGUUUGGCGAUCUUGUCCCAAGCCAUGGUCGUUCCUGUGAUUCCUUCCAACGGCAACUACAUGACGCUCCAGGACAUCAAGCGUCACUACAUUCCAGAAGACGGCGAUAUCCACGGCGCUCCCACGAAAGUUUUGUCGCUCGAAAACACCCUCCACGGUAUUGUGUACCCACUUGAAGAACUUGUGCGUAUCAAGGCCUGGUGUAUGGAAAAUGGCAUCAAGCUGCAUUGCGAUGGUGCCCGUAUCUGGAACGCCGUUGCUGAAAGUGGCGUUCCCAUGAAGCAAUUUGGUGAAAUCUUUGACUCGAUUUCCAUUUGUUUGUCUAAAUCGCUCGGCGCUCCUAUGGGCUCUAUUCUAGUUGGUGACUUCAAAUUUAUUAAGAAAUGUAACCAUUUCAGAAAGCAACAAGGUGGUGGUAUCAGACAAUCUGGUAUGAUGUGCAAGAUGGCAUCUGUUGCUGUCGAAGGUGACUGGAAACAAAAACUGCAACGUUCGCAUCGUAUGGCUCACGACUUGGCUAAAUUCUGCCAAUCUCACAACAUUCCUUUGGAGUCACCUGCUGAUACCAAUUUUGUGUUUUUGGAUCUACAAAAGUCCAAGAUGAACCCUGAUAUCUUGGUUAAAAAAGGUUUGAAAUACCACGUCAAGCUAAUGGGUGGAAGAGUCUCCAUGCAUUAUCAAAUUUCCGACGAAUCUCUAGAGAGGGUUAAAGUUGCAAUUUUGGAGACUUUUGAGCACGCUCAACAGCACCCAUUCGAUUCGGAGGGUCCCACCAAAAUUUACCGCAGCGAAUCUACGGAAAUUGAUAUCGAGGGUAACGCCAUUGGCGAAAUCCAAACUUACAAAUACUAA